AAUUAUAUCUCCCAAAGACUAAUGCACGUGGGUUUCCUUGAACCAGCUACCACCCUAACUACUAUUGCAGUCCUUGACCGUCCGGUGACAGUCCAACCACUAGUCAACCUUCCGGACCCACAUUAUAUUCUUGGUUUGGUUUCGAUGCUCCACUGGUAGGUCAAAGCCAUGUGCCCACCCUCCCCAUCACACCACCAACACCACACUUAUAAGAGUGGAGCUCACCCUCUUGCAAACCCCACCAUUCUCAAUCCCUUCAUUGCUUUGCUAACAAAACAGCGAAUAUGGUGGUCCAAAUCUAUGGCAUGACACCGGCCGUGUGCCCCCAGAGGGUCAUGCAUUGCUUGAUUGAGAAGGGUGUCGAGUUCGAGAUUAUCCAUGUCAAUCUGGAGAAAGGAGAACAGAAGACACCUGAGUACAUGACCAAACAACCUUUUGGGCAAGUCCCCUACAUUGUGGAUGGAGACUUUGAGCUAUUUGAGUCGCGUGCCAUUGUGAGGUACUAUGCGGACAAAUACGCGGGCCGUGGGCCGAACCUUCUGGGCCGGACACUGGAGGAGAAGGCCCGGGUGGACAUGUGGCUGGACGUGGAGGCCAUCAACUUGAAUCCACUGGUCUUCCCCAUUGUCUUCAACCUUUUUGUCCUGCCAGGCCAAGGCCUCACCGGCAACAAGGCCGAGGCCCAGGCCGCUGCCGAGAAGCUCGACAAAGUGCUCGAAGUUUAUGAGCGGCAGCUCUCCAAGGCCAAGUACCUGGCCGGCGACGAGUUCACACUGGCCGACCUGACCCAUAUCCCCGCCCUGCGCUACGUCGUCGAGAAUUGCGGCAUGGGCCACCUUAUCAGCAGCAAGAAGCAUGUGAAGGCCUGGUGGGCCGACAUCACCAGCCGGCCUGCAUGGAAGAAGGUGAUGGGCAUUGUGGAGUCCAGGGCAUUAAAAUACUCACCAUGAGGACUAAGGUGGGUUUGGGGCAUUAUGAUGAUAUUAGUACUGUGUGAGUGCCUUGUUUCUGCAUUGAAUAAAUAGAUGACUGGAUGAGAUGGUAAUGAUGUUUUAGAUAGCUGGAGUGGCAUGUGGUGCCAGCAUUGGACUGUUUCUCCUUGGAUUUCAGUUGUUUCCAUUGCAUCACUUUAAUGAAAUGAUUAGUGCAUUUCCCAGUUUAUCAG